AAACGGCCCGCCCUGCACGUCGCUCAUUGAAGAAGGAGAGGGACGGUGUGUCGCACCUUCCUCCGAACAAUUUCAGUCAUGACGUCCAAACUUAAGCUCUUUGUUGGCGGCCUGAAUCCAGAAACGACGAACGAAGGCCUCCGCGGUCAUUUCGAGCAAUGGGGCGCGCUGAGCGACUGCGUGGUGGUGAUGGACACGGCGGAGGGCCGCUCGCGCGGUUUCGGCUUCAUAACGUACACGGCGCCGGAGGAGGCCGAAGCAGCAAUGGCGUCCAAGCCACAUGUCGUUGACGGUCGCAGCGUGGACCUCAAGUGGGCCGUGGCCCGGGAGGAGGCCAGCAAGACCGAUAUGUCGUCCAACGGCAAGAAAAUCUUCGUCGGCGGUGUCAAGGACCACCUGAAGUCCGAGAACCUAAGCGAAUACUUCUCCCAGUACGGCUCGGUGGAGAAGGCCGAGAUCAUCUUCGACAAAAUGACCGGCCGGAAUCGCGGCUUCGGCUUUGUCUUCUUCGAGGAGAACGAUUCUGCCUCCAAGGCGGCGCUCACCAAGUUCCACACCAUCAUGAACACCAAGGUGGAAGUUAAGAGGGCUAUGAGCAAGCAGGAAAUGUCCGGCGGCGGUGGUGGAGGUGGUGGUAGAGGUAGAGGCGGCGGCCGCGGUCGCGGCAGAGGCAUGCAGAGCGGCGGCUACGGAGGAGGAGGAGGCGGCGGCUACGGAGGUGGCGGGUACGGAGGUGGUGGCUACGGCGGCGGCUACGGCGGUGGUGGCUACAAAUCCGGCUACGACGGCGCGGACUACGGAGCAGGCAGCUACGGAGGUGGAGGCUACGGCGGCGGCGGUGGCGGCGGCUACGGAGGGUACGACGGCGGCAUGGGUGGCGGCUAUAGCAACGGGGACUUCGGGGAGGGCUACGGACAGCAGCAAUCCGGCUACGGCGCGAUGAAAGGGGGCAACUACUCCACCUUCCGGAGCGGGGCCCCGUACAGCAGAGGUGGCUACGGCCGGGGAGGAGGCUACGGAGGCGGCUAUUAAGUUCCCUCCAUUUUUGAUACGGCCACGGGAGGGGGGUGGGGAUGAGUCCGGGUUUUCAGAGAACUUCAGUUCACGCCACCAGGUGGGGGGAGUGGGGGUCCCAGUUUCUCUUUUGAAGAAGGGAGAAGUGUAACCCCCCCCCUCCCCCCGCCUAAUGAAUGAGCGUUACCCCUCCAUCUGUCCCUCUUAUUCCUCUUUAUGGACGCUACUACUAUUUCAGAAUUGUGAAUUAUUGAUUGAAAAAUGUCAUUUUGCUCUGUGUGCUACGGACAAGUUUGUCACUGCUUUUCUCGCGUCGAUGACUUGUUUUGUUUCGGUCCUGAGUUCCCUCAGGGUUUAAGGCAACUUGUUCAAUCGCUUUUUUUUUUGUGAAUUUGGGGGGGUGUUAAGGUGGGAUUUCUUCCCCUUUCCAAAGUAAACGAACAGUUUAUUUUUCUCUACUUCUUGAUUUAUUUGUUUAGAUUAAAACUGUUUUGAAAUCAUAUUCAGCACAUCACUAAGUUUGGUUUUAUUAAAGUUUUUAAUGUUCGGAAAAUAAA